AUGUUUAUAUUAUCCGAACUACGCGACACAGUGGCUAUCAAGCCGCAUCAGCUGAACGGUGACCAGCAGACGGUGAUCAAGAAGCGGCUGAACGAGCGACUCGCCAACAAAGUGGUCCCGGAUCUCGGGUUGUGCAUCUGCGUCUACGACAUCACUGAAAUCGGCGAUUCGUACAUUUUGCCGGGAGAGGGAAACUGCCGAGCGCGCGUCACAUUCCGCAUGAUCGUCUUCUGUCCGUUCGUCGAAGAAGUGAUCGAGGCGAAGGUGAUCGGAUCCUCGCGACAGGGACUCACUCUUUCCGUCGAGUUCUUCGAAGACAUUUUCGUUCCGGCCGAGAAACUGCCCGAACCUAGUGUGUUCGACGGACAGGUCUGGUAUUGGGAGUACGCGGAAGACGCGGAGGGCGAGCAAUCGGCGCCUGCCAAACUAUACAUGGAUCCCGGCAAAAUUGUGAGAUUCCGAACGACCGAAGUCAUUUUCAAGUACUCGAAUACUCGAAUUUCAAAUAUAUUUCUCAAAUAUUCAGAGAUUUAAAACCCGAGUUGACGAUGGAAGAACGGAAAGUCGAGAAGUCGAUGGAGAUAAAAGGGACGAUGGCGAGCACCGGAUUGGGAUGUAUCGGAUGGUGGACGAGUGAAGAGGAUGAAGCCGUGGAAGACGAGCAGGACGAAGAAAAUGUGAAGCAGGAAGUGGAGUGA